AUGUCCCUCCUUGUGCGUGUGUGGUCGCAUUGCUUCCCCCCUGCAGCUAGGACAAAGGGCACAUACGACUUGUUUGGCAAGCAGCAGCUGAAGGAAGGCAGAGAUGGGGAAGAGCCCUAUGAGUUUGACCCCAAGGUGGGGCCCAGAGCCGUGUUUGAGCGGUUCUUUGGCACCGGCAACCCAUACGAGGCCUUGCAAGUGCUGUCGAUGCGGUUUGAGAAGCUGACGACAGUGAAAGAGCAGCCGGCGCCGCAGCAGACGACGGUUGAGUUGCUGGUGUCACUGGAGGAGCUGUACAGCGGCUGCACAAAGGUGGUCCUGCGCGACCGCGCCGCGCCCGUCGGCGGCGAGGGCAGGGGCGAGGGCGAGGGCGAGGGCGAGGGCGAGGGCGAGGGCGAGGCCGGGGCGGCGCCGCCGGCGCCGGAGCCACGGCGGCUGGCGGUGGAGGUCGAGGCCGGGAUGCCAGACGGCACGGCGUUUGUGUUCCAAGGGUGCGUCUGGGCUGCUAGCAUAUGCACGCGCGACUGA